UUUUGUUUUUAUUUUGUUGUUGUUGCUGUUGUUGUUGGAAAACCAAAUUAGAAAACAGCCGAACCUUUGGGGGCAAACAUUCUGGUUCUAUGCUAUGCGAGGAAGCUCCCCCUUCCUAGGCAACGACAAUAACAACAACAACAACAAUAGCAACAUCACAAGGAGGUCGUAGGACUGGGAACCAAUUUGGAACAAUUUUUGGCACAAAACCAGCAUCUCGCUCGCGUAAGAGUCUAAGACAAAUCUUCCUGUGUUGGCUGUGAAGAAAGCAUCAGCGUCGAAAACAUCCGGUUGAAAAUCAUCCUCCCCCAGCGAGCCUCAGCAAACGAACGGGCACUGAAAUGGCCUGGCGAUCGAAGGGCUCGACACAGGCGGAACUGAUCCGGCUGAUGCAGGAGUUUAACGUGAUCAAGACGGAAGCGGUAGCGCAGACAAUGAUAGCGACCGACCGGAAGUACUACGUGCCGGCGAACGUGCCCCAGUACCAGGACGAGCCGCAGCGGAUCGGGCACGGUGCCACCAUCAGUGCGCCCCACAUGCACGCGUACGCACUGGAGCUGCUGCAAUCGUACCUGAAGCCGAACAGCAAGGUGCUGGACGUCGGGUCCGGUUCGGGCUACCUGACCGCCUGCUUCGCCCGCUUCAUACACCGGGACCCGGCGGCGACCGGGUACGCGGUCGGCAUCGAGCACCAUCCGCAGCUGGUGACGCUCGGCCGCCACAACAUCGGCCAGGACGACCAAUCGCUGAUCGAUACGGGCAAAAUUGUUCUCAUCGAGGGUGACGGACGGCAGGGCUGCAAGGACCACGCACCGUACGACUGCAUACAUGUCGGGGCGGCCGCACCAGAAAUACCGCAACAGCUCGUCGAGCAGCUGAAGCCCGGCGGCCGCAUGAUCAUACCGGUCGGCCCGGAGGGAGGCAACCAGCGCCUGGUGCAGAUCGACAAGACGCCCGACGGCGAGAUCCAGAACACGAAGCUGAUGGACGUGAUGUACGUGCCGCUCACCGAUCUGCGCAAAUGAUGCCGCUGCAGCGUGCGCACCCUCGGUCACGCACUGGCCCGACUGCUACCCCUGCUGAUACUGCUCUAUCUCGGCUACACGAUCGUAAGGACGUACGUGCUUUGAAACUGAAAGAAAAGGAAAAACUAAACUAAAUCUUACUAGCAAAAAAAUCCCUUUCGUUCGGCUGUGGAUCACACACACACACCCCAAUACUGAGCAGCUGAGCAGUGAGCAGUGCUCGAAAUAAAUUCUGUUGCGUGUGUUACCUUUCUGAAA